AUGGUGAACUCCAAGAAGAUUAUUGAGAUAGCGAAGAAAUGGCAAAAGGUGGCUUCAUUGGGCAAAAGUGCCUCCUCAUCGCAGACCGGUGCUCAACUACAUUCUGAUGCUUGCAGUACAUCGGUAGCAGAGAAAGGUCACUUCAUUGUAUAUACCUCGGAUUCGAAAAGGUUCAUGGUUCCUUUGAGAUUUCUGGGGAGUGUUAUCUUUGUAGAACUCUUGAAGAUGUCUGAAGAUGAGCUUGGACUACCAAGUGAUGGUCCUAUUGUAUUGCCUUGUGACUCAGUGUUCAUGGAGUAUGUUCUAACUUUGCUCAGAAGGCGAGGGUCAGAAGCUAUGGACACGGUGUUGUUAGAUACUGUUUUCAAGCACCAACGUUUCCCAUGUUCUUCGCACAUUAUAGGGUUGAAUCAACAAGUUGUUCGUAGCUUCUGA